CACGCUGCAUGACUCAAUGGGAUCAUGUGCUGAAAAGUCAGGAAGGCUUACAAACAAGGAAAUCUCAACCUUUGAGUAGAUCGAUAGUCUGUAGCCGUUAGGUAGUGUUGUUCAGAUAAAUCAGUUGUAUAUUAGACAGUUAAACAAAAUCCAAGUAAAAUCAUGAUGGCAUCUCUGUUUAAAAAGAAGACGGCCGACGAUGUCAUUAAAGAGCAGGCCAAAGAGCUGAGAGGCACCCAGAGACAAAUCACCAGAGACAGAGCUGCCCUGGAGAGACAGGAGAGGCAAAUGGAAAUGGAAAUCAAGAAAAUGGCCAAAUCUGGGAACAGAGAAGCCUGUAAGAUAUUAGCCAAGCAACUCGUUCAGCUUAGAAAACAGAAGAAUCGAACCUACGCAGUAAGCUCGAAGGUCACCUCCAUGUCCACACAAACCAAAGUGAUGAAUUCUCAGAUGAAGAUGGCUGGAGCCAUGUCUAAUACAGCGAAGACAAUGCAGGCCGUCAAUAAACGAAUGGAUCCCAAGAAGACGCUACAAACCAUGCAGGACUUUCAGAAAGAAAACUUAAAAAUGGGAAUGACAGAAGAUCUGAUUAAUGAUACGCUAGAUGAGAUUUUUGAUGAAUCCGGCGAUGAAGAAGAAUCCCAGGACAUUGUGAACCAGGUGCUCGAUGAAAUCGGCAUCGAGAUCUCUGGAAAAAUGGUAAGAGCGCCGGCAGCAGGAAAAGGCCUCCCAGGUGCUUCCCCGGCAAAGUCUAAAGCUGCCACCAUCUCAGACGCAGAGAUCGAGAGACAGCUAAAGGCUUUGGGUGUGGACUAAAUAUCUUCAUUAACCGCACCUGUGCACCCACUGUCACUAAAGGACUGAGUGUAUACAGUGGGAACAGGGAGGUUAUGGGGACGGCCAAGUAAUAAAUGAAGGAUAAAAUGUUAUUUGGCAUCUGCUCCUAAAGAAAAACAUGCGUAACUGAUUUGAAGUUGGAUAUAAUGGUCUGAUAUACAGUAUAGAGCAGAUUCAAAAUAAAGUCUUCAUGGCAAAAUCUGCUCUCAUACUGGCAUACGUGUCUUCACAUUUUAAAACACCACAGUUAUUGUAAGCUUAAGAGGAAUGAAAUGUGUGAUUUCUGUCCACCACAUUCACACCAAGCUGUUUGUUUAUACAGCAUCUGUUUGGAGAAAUUGCACACUUUACCUUUAAUUUAACAGGUGCUAUUUUCUAUGCCUGUCCUUAAAGGGAUAGUUCGGCCAAAAAUGAUAUUAAACCCAUGAUUUACUCACCCCCAAGCUGUCCGAGUUGC